AAUUUAUCACGUGAAUCACGAUUAAAUACUGAUCAUUUCGAAAACCUCCAGAAUAAUAUUUAUAAGUUUGCAAGCAAGGGCAAUAUCAUUUUGUGCGGAGAUUUUAAUGCUAGAAUAGGUGUUGUAGAAGAUUUUGUUGACAAUAAGUUCUUGGAAGAUGAUAAAUAUAUCACUCCAUCAUUAGACCAGCGAUAUUCAAAAGAUCACCAUGCAAGAACAAACGGUGAUUUCCUGGGGCAAUCUACCUGUCAGACCUGUAACGGGGCAAGUGUGGUUGCAUGACUAUGUUGUUAUCUCCAACAGCUUGCUCUCAUUUGUUGUAGGCUUUAAUGUUGAAGAUAUCACUGAAUUUUCUCAUCAUUCAUGUCUGUCCCCCACACUACAGAUUACAUAUCCACAAAACUCAGGUGAUACUUUCGAAUUAACCCCUCAUAUUAAAUCUUUUAUUUGGAAUGAAAGUCAAAAGGAUGCUCUAAGAGAAUGCAUGAGUUCGAACGAAUUUCUUGCAAUGAUGCAAUUCUUGAUUUUGUUGGGUUUUGUUGCAAAUAUUAAUAAAAUGUAG